AAUGGUCAGCCGCCUCUUCUCUUCUCUUCUCUUCUCUUCAGUUUCGUCGCCUCUCCUACAAAUCGAACGACCAAUCAUGGUGGUCUCCUCCUCUGCUUCGCUUGGCCGCGUCGAUGACAUCUCCGCCAAGACGACGCCGUCGAUCAAGUUUCUCUGUAGCUACGGCGGAAAGAUCCUUCCUCGUCGCCCCGACGGCCAACUCCGCUACGUCGGCGGCCACACCCGCGUCCUUUCCGUCCCCAGAUCUAUCUCUUUCACAGGUCGGUAUUAAUUUAUCUUUCAAACAUUGUUUGUUUUUGUUGCGUCCGCGAUCUGCUCGACGGAUCGAUCAAAAGAAGGAAAAGAGCGUUGGAAAUUUGUGCAUGGUGUAUAAUUUGGGCUGUGGUGUGUGCGCGCGCGCUCUGUUUCGGUGCUCUGCAGAGCUGCAGGUGAAGCUGAGCCAGUUGUGCGGGUGGAAGACGGCGAGCCUCCGGUGCCAACUUCCGACGGAGGACAUGGACGCCCUUGUGUCAGUUACCUCCGACGACGACCUCGCCAACCUCGUGGAGGAGUACGCGGGCCGAGAACGGACGACGCCUCUAAAGAUCCGAGCCUUCCUCUUCCUCCCGCAAUCCUUCCCCUCCUCCAAUUCUUCUGCCACAACUCCGGCCAUCCCUUUGCCCUUCGUCUCUCGCCCUUUGAUCGCCGCCCCCGAUCGCUGCAACCGUCAGUACUCUGUGCCUGCUAGGUUUUGUGAUCGGUACGAGAAGCCCACGGCAUCAUCCGCCGCGGCCAGGAAGCUUCGCCUCCAUGGCCACUACCACCUUCUUGGCCAUGGAGCCACAAAACCCUGCAACGAUCUCGUGCAUCCUUUGGGACACUGGCACUAGUGAACAGUUCAAGGUUGAUCGAUCUCGGAUUUUGGUCAUUAAUUCUCUUCUGUUAAUUUGCCUCUUGCGUUGCGGGAUGUAAAUUUUUGAACAGAUCUGCAGCAGAUAAGAGACAUUGUAGAUGGAGAAUAAACACAUCAAUGUUUAUCUUGUGAAAGGAAAAAAAAAACAUUUUAUAUUAAUAAAUAUUUUUAUUAUCUUAUCGAGAA